CGAUUUUUCAGUCCGUUCGCAGUCGCAUGUGUUUUUCGGUUCGCGAGAGUUCCGUAAAGUGCGUCGGAUUUUUUGCUAAAUUUUCGGCAAUUUCAGACCAAAUCAAGUUCGCAACCUUCGCUCGAUGUAACAGGCCCGGUGGUCCAUCAAAUUAACCCGCGAGUCGCGUUCCGGCCAUAGUUUUGCAAGCGUUUUGAUUGAAGUCGUGUGUUGUAACCUUUGUGGUUCCGAGCACCGCAGCACCGUGUGAAUGGAUUCCGAUCCCGAGGUGGUGCUGGUGGACAAAGUGGACGAGGACGAGUUCUCGACGGAUAAGGACAGCGGAAUGGAAUCGGCCGGAAACAGCAAGGAUGACACGCCCGAGCGCAAAUCCGCCUCGAUUGAAGAGUUGCCCCGGGAAGAGGAAAUUCCAAAGCCUGCUGAGCUUGCGGAACCGCAACCACAACCACAGCCGGCUGCAGCACCAGCAGCCCCCGCACCUGCGCCAGCGCCUAAACCGACUGCACCUACUGCUUCCUCCGCCGCCCCCUCCUCAGCACAGGCCAUCAAGAGUAAGGAGGACGACUUUGAUGACGAACCCGACGAGUCCCUGUCCGAGCGGCUGUGGGGCCUCACCGAGAUGUUCCCGGCGGGCGUGCGCAACCUGACCGGCGCCGUCGUGAGCCUGUCGGCGGCGAGCGUCAAAACGCUGUACCAGUUUAGCUGCAGCGCGUCCUGGAUAUUCUUCACCAGCUCGAUGAUUCUGUUCGCGCCGGUCGUGUUCGAGGUGGAGCGCGCCCAGAUGGAGGAGAUGCAGCGGUCACAGCAGAAGCAGGUGCUGCUGGGGCCGGGUUCGGCCGUUGGUGGCGCCGGUGCUGGUGGUGGUCCGGGUGGAAUGCCCGCGUUGCCCCCGAUGGCGGCACGAUAAUCGGCAGAGACGGAGAGAGAGAGCAAUUGCAAGAUUUUUUUUUGUUUCGUUAGCCAGUUAGAAUCAGACGAUGCCCAUUUUAUGAAGUGUGUUGGUCUUGCGUUGGGGGAGAAGCAGAUUCCGGAAGGUAAACUCUUUGAAGGGCACGCGAGCGAAUUGAAUUAUGUCGCUACCAAGAAAACGUUUCUCCCACGUGAGGGCGCGCGCAUUCUCUCUCGUUUUAGCAAUUUCCUGUUUUCGAGCAAUCGAAUAAUUUCAAUUGAUUGAACAAAAACAACAAACUAAUUAACUGAGUAUGAUUGUUAAUAAGUAGUCGUAUCCUAAAUGAGCAGUCAAAUAAAAUUAAAAAAGUGGGGAACGCAACUGUUUCUCAGUAAAAAUAA